AUGGAAGAGAGGCCAGCCAUGCAGAGUGUGAAGAGCACCACACAGGCAGACAUAGAACAGGCGGUGGCGCGUCCCGCCGGACUCUGCCGAGGAUGGUGGCAGCCCGUGUCCCAGCCCUUCACCGAGGGUCGGCUCCCCGGCCUGGAUCCUAACUGGCGACUAGAAGUGACAGCCAGCAGUCGGGUCGGCCCACGUGCAAGCUUCGCAGGCCAGAACCUCUCAUGGCAACGAGCCGACCAGAUUGGAAACUCGGCUUCAGUGUCUGUCCCAUAUGGAAAUUUGUUGAAGUGUGUGUCCACUUUACCAGACAGCCUGAAUUUGAGGAAUGAAGAAAGAAAACAUGUAAGAAUUACUAAUGGAGGUUCUUGUCUUCAGGAUAACUGGGAUGAUGAUGAUGAUGAAAAUAAAGAGGAAGCUGAAGUAAAACCAGAAGUAAAGAUUUCAGAAAAGAAAAAAAUAGCAGAAAAGAUAAAAGAGAAAGAACGGCAGCAGAAGAAAAGGCAAGAAGAAAUUAGAAAGAGGUUAGAAGAGCCUGAAGAACCUAAAGUGCUAACACCUGAAGAGCAAUUAGCAGAUAAACUCCGUUUAAAGAAGCUACAGGAAGAAUCAGACCUUGAAUUAGCAAAAGAAACUUUUGGUGUUAAUAAUACAGGUUAUGGAAUAGAUGCUAUGAACCCAUCUUCAAGAGAUGACUUCACAGAAUUUGGAAAAUUACUAAAAGAUAAAAUUACGCAAUAUGAAAAAUCACUAUAUUAUGCCAGUUUUUUGGAAGCCUUAGUUCGAGAUGUCUGUAUUUCAUUGGAAAUUGAUGACUUGAAAAAGAUUACCAAUUCAUUGACUGUGCUUUGCAGUGAAAAACAGAAGCAAGAAAAGCAAAACAAAGCCAAAAAGAAGAAGAAAGGUGUGGUUCCUGGAGGGGGAUUAAAGGCCACCAUGAAAGACGAUCUGGCUGAUUAUGGUGGAUAUGAUGGAGGAUAUGUACAAGACUAUGAAGACUUCAUGUGACCUUUUAUCUUCUCCUGGUGUCUUCUUUAUGUUGCCCACAAUCCCUUCAACAUGUAGCACAACUUCCUUUCCUUUCAGUUCUGCCAAAUGCUACAAUCAGAAGUGCAGUAUCUUUUGUGCUGGUUAUUUAACCCCUUGACACUCAGGUGCUAAUGAGCAAAUGAGGGAACUUGGAUCUUGUUGCCAAGGGGUUAAAAUUGGGAACCUCAGUUGCUACAAAAUCAUAGUUUAAAAACAAAACAAACCUAAUAAUGUUGUCAUUGUUGCUAUUUGAUUCCAUAGCAGCAGUCACUAAAUUGGAAACAAAGGUUGCAACAUGACAAAAAAAAAUUGUGUAGUAUUUACCAGCACCAUUCAGUAAUACAGCCUUAACCAUACCUCCUUGAACUACUUCAUAACUUGUCAAGAAAAGCAGUUUGCAGCAAGCAAGGGCAUGUGGGAUGCACCUAGUAUUAAAAUUGCUUUGUCUUAAAAUUGAGCUGAGGAUAUUAAAAACAUGUUGUGAAGAAGACUGCUUAUCUCAGAGUGAAGAUACUGUGGCUGAAAAAUACUAGUUUGAUACUUAAGAUUUUAAUGACCAAAACCCUUCAACUUUGAAGCUGAAGAAGGUAAACCUCUCCGUUAUUACAGUGCAAGUGGUGGAUGAUCCAGUGCAUUGACUGUCUAGUUAUUUAUCAGCUAUUUCUACUGAUGGAGGACUUCAGAUGGGGGAGGGAACUGUUUCUAUUUUGCCUGAUUCAGGUGUCUGAGAAACAAAUCUUGUUCUUCUAGGCUGCAAUGGAAAAACUUAACAGGGUUUUGGCAUUUCCUUUUCUUUAUAAAACAUGCUCAGCAAACUGCACCAGUUAACUACAGUUUGGUAAAUUGUUAUGUUAACAAUUAUGACAUCUGCAAUGUUUUAUAAAGCAACUAAUUUAAUAAAAUAACUAUUGUGAGGACUUAAA